AAUCAACUUUUGCUCUCCAGUCCUGUCUCUGCCCGUAGAUAUGUGCAGCUCUCAGACAUCAUCAGAGAAUUUCUAAAUGUUUUAUUCAUUUCAGUAAGGCCUCUAGAAUGUUUUCAGUGAUGCCAUAGCCCACCUUUGUGGGCUUGCUCUGUUUCUGUUGACAGCACUGGUCUAGAACCCUAAUAAGAGGCUGUACUACAUAAGAGAUGCUAUUUUUUUCCGCACUUAGAUUGCUGAUUUGUUAUUAUUGUAGGAGUUAUGGCUCUAUCACAAGAAGAGGGUCCUGCCAAUUUCUUUAAGACUAGAGGAGCUACCAAGCACAUAAAAUAUGUUUCUGUUUUAACCUGGUUGUUAUUUAUAGGUUUCUGUCAGCUUACAGAAAAGAUGGAAAAAAGAACAUGUGCCCUCUGCCCUGAAGGCCAUGAUUGGAGCGUGAUAUACUUUGUACCAUCAGCUAAUAUAGCUGCUCAUGAAAACUGUUUGCUGUAUUCAUCAGGAUUGGUGGAAUGUGAGGCCCAUAAUCCAUGUAAAAUAGCUAGAAAUGUUGAUGUGAAAUCAGUACUGGAAAGGAUCUGGAGAGGAAGCACAAUGAUAUGCUCGUUUUGUAAUAAUGAAGGAGCCAUCGUAAGGUGUGGUGAAACAUCUUGUGCCAAGAAUUACCACUUAUUCUGUGCCAAGGAGGACUACGCAGUUCUACAAGGUGGAGUUACAAGAACUUACAAAUUAUUUUGCCCAGAACAUCCUCCACAACAAGAAGAGGCCACUGAAAGUGCUGAUGGCCCAAGCAUGAAGAGGAAGAGAGGAAGAAAGAAACGCCUCUCAUCAGGCCCUCCUGCACAGCCAAAAGUGGUGAAAUUCAUGAGAUCCAAAAGACAUGUGACAGGAGAGCCUCUCGGCCACAGAGAUGCAGCUGUCAAAGCUCCUUUUCUUAAGAAAUGCAAGAAAGCAGGACUUCUUAAUGUUUUACUUGAAUACAUACUAGAAAAAAUGAAUUCAAUUUAUGGAAGACUCCUGGAUGAGACUGCCUCAGAGUCAGACUAUGAAGGGAUCGAGACCUUACUGUUUGGCUGUGGAUUAUUUAAAGACACACUAAGAAAAUUCCAAGAAGUAAUCAAGAGUAAAGCUUGUGAAUGGGAAGAAAGGCAAAGGCUGAUGAAGCAGCAGCUUGAGGCACUUGCAGACUUACAACAAAGCUUGUGCUCAUUUCAAGAAAAUGGGGACCUGGACUGCUCAAGUUCUACAUCAGGAUCCUUGCUACCUCCUGAGGACCACCAGUAAAAGCUGUUCCUCAGGAAAACUGGAUGGGGCCUCCAUGUUCUCCAAGGAUCGAGGAAGUCUUCCUGCCUACCCUGCCCACCCCAGUCAAGGGCAGCAACACCAGAGCUUUGCUCAGCCUUAAAUGGAAUCUUAGAGCUUUCUCUUGCUUCUGCUGCUCCUAAAAAUGGUCUCAUCAUGGUCUCCUCUCAGUAUUAAUAACUCCAUCAGCAUAGAGCAGACUCAACCCUAUGCAUUGCUCCCUGUUACCCUGGGUUUCUGCUCACUACCACAUUGACAAUAUUUAGCACACUUAAUAAAUGCUUGUCAAAACCA